AUGGACUCGGACCCACCAUUUCGCCAAACCUACAAGACCCUCUUCGACAAAACCAGCGAAGAAACCUGUAAUGAGGUUGUCACUGUUGAAGAAUGUGAGCUUCCGUUGGUCGAUCUAGGUCGACUGAACCUGGAUGAAUCAGAGAUGGAAGAGUGUAAGAGAGAAAUAGCUAUCGCAUCUCAGGAGUGGGGUUUUUUUCAGGUUAUCAAUCAUGGAAUUUCUAGAGACAUAUUGGAGAAGCUGAGAGAAGAGCAAGUGAAAGUUUUUAGGCAGCCUUUUGAUACGAAGAGUAAAAAAGAAAGGUUCCCUGCUGGUAGUUACCGUUGGGGAACACCUUCGGCUACAUGCCUCAAACAGUUGUCAUGGUCUGAAGCUUUUCAUAUUCCUAUGACCGAUAUCUCUGACUCUGGUGCUUUCAGUAGUCUCAGUUCGCAGAGAGCAUUUGGUGAAAAGAAGUAA